CCGCCACGCCGUAGCCGCGCUGCACGGCCCCGGGUUCGCGAUGGCGGACGUGUCCGAGAGGACGCUGCAGUUGUCUAUACUGGUGGCUUUCGCCUCCGGAGUGCUCGUGGGCUGGCAGGCAAACCGGCUGCGGCGGCGCUACCUGGACUGGAGGAAGAAGAGGCUGCAAGACAAGCUGGCGGCGACGCAGAAGAAGCUGGAUCUGGCCUGAGAUCCCCGCCCUGUUGGUCUCUGCCGACUCCCGCGCGACCACCUCGAGACCAUCUAGCCUGUCCCGUGCGGCGCCUCGGCCACAGCUAGGCCCGUCUCAUGCCCUCCGCCCGCAGUGCCCGGCUUGUCUUGGAGUUGCUCAUUGAAGAUGGAUGUGGAGAACUGGAGAGAAAUAAUUUCUCCUUGCACUUUAUGAAUCAAUUUUAUUUUUAAAAUAAAAAGUAAACGUAUUUGAACCUUU